AUGGCAUCUAACAGUUUAACAAUUAUGUCUUACAAUAUUCAAAUGCUGUCAAUUCCAUUAAGUCAUCAAUUGAACAUAAGAAAGAGGGGGAAUGCAAUAGUUGACUACAUUUUAUAUCUUGAUGAAAAGCAUAACAUGGAUAUCCUAGUACUAAACGAAGUGUUUACACAUAAGAGUUAUCGCCUGCUAACUAGUGGACUAAUAAAAGAGAGGUUUCCUUAUCAUACGAAUGUAUUAGGGAAAAAAUUCAAGGAAAAUUCAAAACAUCAUGAAAAAAAAAAGGAUGCGCAAAAUAUAAAAAAGGAAGAAGACAAAGAUACAGUAACAUUUGGUAGAAAUAGAACAAGAUUAAAUAAAAGGGAAAUAGAAGAUAAAGAUACAUUACUUUUUGAUUCAUAUGAAACUCAUAAAAGUGAUGAAACUGUAUGCAUGAUGUCUGCUUUAGAUAGUGAGCCACUAGAAGUAAUAGAAGAUGAUGAAAUAAAUCAUAAACAUAAUAAUUCAUUGAAUAGAAUUAUAAAUAAUGCUCAAGGUAUUUAUAGAAAAAGCAGUUUAGAGGAUAUGCUUAUCAUAGAUAAAACUAUUAAUGAUUGUCUUACAAAAAAUGUUAAUCUGAAUAAUGGGAAUAAAAUAAACGAUAUGAAGGAUGACAGGAUGAGUUUGAACAAUUAUUGGGAGGGAAAUAGUAGUAGUAAUAAUAAUAAUAAUAAUAAUAAUAAUAAUAAGAUAAGUAUGACUGAUAUGGGGGAAGAAAUAGUAUUAGGAGAAGAAGUAUCUAAUGAAAAAAUAAAUACAAAGAUGCAUAAUCAAAAAAUUUGCAAUUUUGAUUCGAUAUCAGGGAAAUCAAAAUUUUAUCAAUUUUUAAAUGGAGGUGUUAUAGUUUUGUCCAAGCAUAAAAUUUUACAUAAUCAUGCGUUAAUAUUUUCUAAUAGCAAAUUUCCCGACAUGUUUUGUACAAAGGGAGCAAUAUAUUUACAAUGUGAUGUAAAUAACAAAAAGGUAAAUGUGAUAGCAACCCACUUACAAGCAGGUGAUACAAUUGAACAACAAAAUUGUAGGUGGAAGCAACUCAAUGAAUUAAGAACUUGGUUGUAUAAGGGUAUACCUAGUAACUAUAUUAAAGAAAAUGAACCUUUAUUUUUUGUAGGUGAUCUUAAUAUUAGAUAUAAUAUGGAUAAAUUUUUUUUAGAUAAAGUCUUAUCAAAUGAUUGCUUAAAUUGUUCGGUUACAAAAGAUUCGUUAGAAACAACUUACGAUUCAUUUUUAAAUGAUUAUUGUAGACACAUGGAAAGCGAUUACACCUAUAAACAUAACCACACACUAGAUUAUAUUUUAGUUUCAAAUGAUUCAAAAGUAAAAGUUAUUGUACCGCAAACGGCAAUACAACAUGAGUAUAAACCUAUAUUUUAUAUUAAAUCUUUCUUAGGUUUCAUACCUUACAAUACUACGUAUAUUCAUCACCCUAGCGACCACUUCCCCAUAUACGCCACCUUUAAUUUUCCAAACUAG